AUGCUGUUCGACCUGUUUACAUGUCCGGUGGGGGUCGCCUGUGGCUUGCCGGAGCCCAGGUUGAUUGUAUUGCCCCUCCCAGCCGUCCCUAUCCCCGACACGCCUGGUGAAGGGGCCAGUACCUGUCUGGUCGAUCAUUGUACUGCCUCGCACCUGCUGGCAGUCGGCGCUAUACUGGCCCACCUAGGCGUGGACACGACAACGAUAAUGGUGUUUGUACGAGUGGUGGACGCGUGCAACACUAUGGGCGACCGGGCUAGACGGGACCUGGUUAUCUGUGGUGGACGCGGAACACUACGGGUGGUCGGGCUGGACGAGACCUGGCUACCUGUAGUAAGGGACGACCGAGACCCGGAAGCUUCCUACACUGCGACUGUUGCUACUGUCAUUGGUUCGGCCAUGAGUGCCACCCGCUCCAAGACGAUGUCUGCCGACGUCGACUCGGCCGAGACGGAGAAGACGGUGACGUCCACGGAGGCGAGCGCGGCGGCCGACAAGGACAUGAGCGGUGACGUUCACCCGUCUGAGGCUACGCUGUGA